AUUGUGUAUCUACUCCAAUAGUUUGACUUGAGGCAACACAGUAGUAAUCAGACAAGAACUGCAUUCACCGACUGUCGCCCGCUCGGGACGUUUCAGGUGCACUGGCCGCUUAAGCUGGGCAGAGAGUAGGACUAGGCGACAAGGUCGCUUUCAUCUCGCUGCGCGUUGGAGAUGGGCGAAAUCGUGCCCGUCUCCAAGCAGGGGCCAGGCUCCGAGAAUGCUCUAGCGAUUACCCUGGGCCUCGGACCACGGCCCUUGACGCAAGAGGAGUACGAGGAGAGGCUCAAAGGGGCUCAAGAGCUGGAGGAGAAGCUGAAAUACAUUCAGGAGACGGUCCCCACCAAAGUCUACAACACAUCCAGUAGCAGCGCAGGCGCGGGCAGUGGCGACUUCCACCAAUACCGGAUAGUCCGGAGAGCAGAGCAGGACCGUGUGCGACGAAUGGAGUCGGACUGGGAGAAGAAGAAGCAGGAGGACGAGUACAAGCGCAAGAUGGGAGAGUGGGAGAAGGCCGCUGAGGAGAAGACAGCAAAGAAGCGCGCCAAGCGGCAAAAGCAGAAGGAAAAAAAGAAGGCUAAGAAGGGUCCAGCAGCAGGGCCAGCGGCGGAGGGUGCAGCGGGCAGCAAGGAGGGCUCGGAUUCAGACAGCGGCUCGGACGAGGGGCAGCCCGCACUGGACUAGGCUCGGCGACUGUACCAUGGGCGGGAUGCAUGGGAACCAGAAGUCAGGGCGUAGACGUUAGUAAUUGAAGUCAUUGGUAUGGAAGGCUGGCUUGGUCCAUGCGACGUCAAGGAGGUCUCGUGCAUGCCACCGCAUUCCAGGCAUGUCAGGCUUGGGCACCCAAAGCAAUUAUCCCAGGUGAUCAUGCCAGAGCGAAGAGGGUAGUUGACGAUUCAACACGCUUGAGCACGCGGACUGUGUGAUACCUCUGAGACUCUGGGUCAAUCUGGUGAGUAUCAGAGCGCCUGGCGCCUUGAGUGAAGGCGUGCCUCUGGCCGUUGGCGUUGGUGCCCAGGCGCCCAUGCAUAUUGUGUGGCAGUCAAGGUGCUGCCAUGUGGACAUGUGGGUUUACCCUGUGUAAAGGUGUACCGGGCUAUGCGCGAGUGACUGUGCAGCGUCGGAAUGCGGGGCCUGUGGUCGUGUGUCCCGGCGCGUGUGCUGACUGCAAGAAGCGUGUGUCCA